AUGCAAGCUGUUGUGUUUAAAGGCCCACUUCAGGUUGGUUUGGAGCAGCGACCAGUGCCCGAGAUUAUCAACCCUACUGAUGCCAUUGUCAAAAUCCGCUACACUGCUCUGUGCGGCAGCGAACUCCAUGUCUUUCGCGGGCACCAACCGUCUGGAACCGGAUUUGUGAUGGGCCACGAAUUUACGGGCGAAGUUGCAGCUGUGGGCUCUCAAGUCCAGAGAUUCCGUGUCGGCGAUCGCAUCGUUUCCCCUUUCACUACCAGUUGCGGAGAAUGUUUCUACUGCAAGCACGGCUGCUCAUCACGGUGUUCUUCAUGCCAACUGUACGGUACCGCGGCGCUGGAUGGUGGCCAGGCCGACUAUGUCCGUGUGCCCCUGGCAGAUACCACUCUCGUCACCGCUCCAGCGGGGGUUGAUGAAAAGAAGCUUGUGUUGAUGGCGGAUAUCCUCCCGACAGGCUUCUUUGCCGCCAAGAACGCUUUCAAGGACACUGACAAUGCAGUAGUACAAACCAGCACAGUGCUACUGUUUGGAUGUGGACCGGUCGGUAUCUGUGCUUUGAUCAGUGCCCUUGAGUACAAGCCGAAGCAUCUUAUUGCUAUCGACAGCGUACCAUCCCGGUUGGAGCUCGCUCAAAGUUUGGGGGCGGAACCCUGGAAUUUCCAUGCGGAUGGAGAGGCUCUGCGCAAUCGGGUAAUGGACCUGACAGAGGGAAGAGGUGCCGACGUUGCGAUCGAGGUGGUCGGAAACAGUAAUGCGCUGCGGAUGGCAUUUGAUUUGCUGCGGCCGUGGGGACGCAUCUCCAGUGUAGGGGUGCAUAAUGGCGAGAUUCCUUGGACGGGCAACGAGGCAUACAGCAAGAAUCUCCAGAUCCGGAUGGGACGGUGUCCAGUUCGCAGUAUUUUCGAGGAUGCCCUGGCGUUGCUGGUCAAGAAGCAGGAUGUCUUGGACUUCAUGGUGACGGAUAUCAGGCCAUUGUCGCAGGCGCUCCAGUCGUACGACGAUUUCAACCACGUCAAGAGCCAGAAGAUCAUAUUCGAAGGAGGAAAAUAA